AUGCGCGACUCAGAAGUAGAUUGCACAGUUGAGGCCAUUAUGGUGAACCCUCAGAAUGAAAGCCCCUGGAGAUACCUCAGAGGUUUAUAUAAGGAUGAUAACAAUUUGCUGGUGGCUGAUAAUCGCAUUUCUGAUGCUUGCCACAAAGUCCUGAAUAAGGAUUGGACAUGCGUAUUUGCUUUGAGCUUCCUGCUUGAUCUUCUUCGCAUGGGUUUGCAGCCUUCAAAUGAUCUUAAAGGAACCAUCGAAGCAAUGGAGAACUCUGAUCCUGAAACGGGACAUGCUGAUAUUGCAGUAGCUGUCUGCUCAAUCCUGCAGAAAUGUGAUCCCCUGCAGAUAAACUACUGGUCAUGGUACCAGACCACUCUUUCUUCUUAG